CAAGUAUUUCCGGUCCGGGCCGAAAUUUCCGUACUGGGGACGUUGCCCGACGGGCUGUGGGGACAACUACUCCCGACCUGCUCGGCGCUGGUAGGAAAGACUCACAGGUGAAAUUGCAAGGGAUGCGCGUCAACCUGCAGGAGAUCGAAGCGGUUUGCCGGGAAGCGGCCCGAGAAGCGGUGUGCCUCGUGACAGCGGAAAAGAAGCUUGUUGCGUUCUUCGAAGCGACCAAUAGAGAUGUUGACAUAAGCGCCCUCCGCGGGGCAUGUGCGCGGAAACUUCCAAAAGCCUUGGUUCCAAGCAAAUUCGUUUCGGUCCGGCAGUGGCCGCGGCUAGCGACGGGAAAGAUCCACAAGAGACGACUGCUGGGGAUAAUGAUGACAGAACAGCCUGAUUCUACCAGCGGCGCUGGCGAUCACGUCGGCCCCUCGAUCGGCAGUAAACACGAGGACGAAGUAGCCGAUGAUCAACGUAAACAGUUACGGUCUACCUCCCGACAGAACAUCGCUAAACGCCGUGAUCAUGUACUGCAGCAGGCUGCUUUGUUGAAUUCGUCGUCGGCGCCCCUAGGUCAACAUACUUCUGAUCUCGCUGAUCAAGCCUACCCCGCGGUCGAAAAAUACAGGGAGACAUUGACCGGCUUUUUACUCUUGACAUCAAUCUGGCUCUGCGUCGGCCCCAUUCGGUUUCUGAUGCUGCCCUACGUCUACUACGCGGCAAGCCUAGUCCGGAAAUACUCGCUCAGCAACCCCUGGCUCUUUGUGUUGAUCCAUGAAGUUUUUCUGGCGCGAGUUGCACGCAACGGAACGCUCAAGUUGCUCGAAAUGCUAAUUGUGGACGAAGUUCCUCCUGAGGCACCACUGGACGUCGAUGCAGAGGGUCGUCGCGCUCCUGCAAUUGCAGCUUCACGCGCUAGUACAACACCCACCCCGCAAGUAGACGAGCCGCCUGCAUGGAGGAAGGCAGCGGAG